AUGAGUUUCCACGAAUCUGCCACUCACAUUGAGCUUGAGGAUGGCCAUAUCCUCAAGGCUGUCCUGCGUAACGAAGAUGGCGAUGAGCAGGAGUCUACUCUGGACCUGAAUACAAUCAUUGGGAACAAUGAUGGACACUUUUACUGGGAGGGCGAGAACUUCCACGAAAGUGCCUCCGACAUCAGCUUCGAGCGGGAAGGAGACGAGGAGACCCCUGUUCUUCGGGCGGUCUUGGGCAACGUGGAGGGAGAGGGUCAGGAUGCGGAUAUCAACCUCGCGGAGCGUAUCACAAACAUCAACGGAGAAUUGGUCUUUCAAUAG